GUGAUUGGUCAUUAGAAUAAAAAUAAACAUUGGGAGUUCGGAGCUGCUGUGUCGAAUCAACCAUCGCCGUCAGACUGCACGGCAGCUUCUCUUAGUGGGACAUUUGGCACAGCAAUAGAGAUUGUAUAUGUUCUGAAAACAUGUCUUUGAUUAUUCACAGUAUUGCUGCAUAUUUUUCAAUUAUUUUUCGUAUCGUAGACAACUCAAUAAGGCACAGAGUUUUUGCUAUUAGUUGUAAUAGCCUAUCAUUUCACUGAAGAAGACAUUCCCCGCCGAAUAAUCACAACACCUUCGAUUAUAGCCUACUAUCAGACAUCAUCAAUCCAACACGAAAAGAGUCAUCAAGACAGACGCCUGGUAGUUAAUCAGAUGAACAGGUGCGUUAGCGGGUCAAUCAAUGGGCGUGCUUUCAAGUCACCUGCGAACGCCAUUAAAUAGUUUGGGAUACUGUGGACUGAAUGCAUGGAGUUGAUUUGUGUUGUUUUAGACAUUAAGCCACCAAUUGUUCUUAAUAUUCUCCAGACAUGAGUUUAGCAAAGCCUUGCAUUGGCUGUAAAAUUGGGUUAAUUUCAAAAGCCCAAAAUCGUUAUGAGGGUAUUUUGUACACGAUUGAUAAAGUGAACUCAACAGUGGUCCUUGCUAAAGUCAGGUGUUUGGGAACCGAGGGACGACCCACUGACAGGCCAACACCACCUAAAGAUGAUGUCUAUGAAUACAUCACUUUCCGUGGAAGUGAUAUUAAAGAUAUCACACUGUGUGAACCUCCAAGAACUCACCAUGGCCUUCCCCCAGAUCCUGCGAUAGUGCAGUCAUCCCUUGCAGGGUCUUCUGGAGUCUACCCAUCUUGUGGACCAUUCAGUCCUGCAAGGAUGCCCGCCUACAACCAGCUUGCUGCCAGCUCUCUUCUUAAUCAGCAGUAUGCUGCGGCUCUUGGCCUUGGACCUAUACUUCCAGGUUUACAUGUCCGAAGGGGCCCCAUGGUGGAAAAAUCUGUUCAAACCCUCCAUGUGGACGGAUCCAGGCAAAGGAGAGCUUUGACUACAUCCCAUGAACAGGAGCAGCGUUGGGAAAGGAGGCCCCCGAGGACCAGACAUGAGAGUCCCCAGACCAGAAGGGGUACUGGAGCCACCAGGAGGACAGGUCCAGGUUUGCCAAAUGCUCUGCAUGAGUCUUGGCAGCGGAAUAAUGAAAACAGGCCGCCACCAAGGAGACAAGGACCCCGGAGGCGCAGGAACCGUAGUAGAGGCCAGCUCAUGGUGGCUGAUGCUCCUUCUGCUAUCCUAAAGUUUGAAGAAGACUUUGAUUUUGAUUCCUCAAAUGCUCGGUUUAUGAAGGAGCAGCUUGAGAAAGAGGACAAGAGGAAUGAAAAGGAUGGAGAUCAUGAGGUGGAGGAGAAAGAAAAGGAGGAAUUGCACUUGACUACAGAUGAUCAUUUUGGACCAAAAUGCUACUAUGACAAAGCGAAGUCUUUCUUUGACAACAUCUCGUCUGAUAAGAAGUUCAGACUAACAUGGGCAGAGGAGCGGAAGCGCAAUCUGGAGACAUUCGGGGUCCCGGGACGGUUCCUGAGAGGCCAGGGCUUCAGAGGUGGAUACAGUGGACGUAGAGGAUGGGGAGCUUCUCAGUCUGCUUACAGAACUGCAGGUGGGCGGCUGUGAAGGUCUGAGUUUGCUAUGAUGGCACUAAAGCAGACCUGUCUUCAACCUAUUGCCCUUUGUAUAUGAUAAUCAUCCUAUAAGCUCUGUCACUGUAUAAAGAAGGGUCUUUUGUUGUUGUUGUUUUUUCCCCUCCUUGAGAAGUUAUCCUGCCCCUAUAUUGCCACUAUUUUUAUUUGCCCCCAUCAAUUGGACACAAUUUGAAUAUAAAUGCAUAGGAUGCAAGAUGGUCCACUUUGAUGCCAAUAGUUAUUUCCUCCCUCAGAAUAUUUGCCAGAUUUUUUUCUUUUCAGUUAAAAGGGAAGGGAGUAUUUCAGUUAAUUUGUUUUUGCUGCCAUUUUGGUUAAUGAUAUAAAUAUGUGGCUUUGCCUCUUGGGAGUUCCGAGGCUUAUUUGUACUUUUAUUUGUGUGGGUGUUGUAUACUAUAGACAUUGUCAAAUUCAAAUGAACUAAAUUAAGUGUAUUUGAAAACUCAAAACUUGUGCAUUGCUUAAUUCUGUCAUAUUGAAGCAACAAGUGAGAAUAACGUUAAUAAACUAAAAAUUGCUGAUGAA